CACGGUAGGAUACAACGUGAAACAGUUCCCUGAAGAGUGUCACGAUGUUCCUAGUACAAUAUUCAGGUAUAGUAUGUUUUAUUUUACCUGAAAUUUUCCUUUUGUUUCAAAGUGCAUUCCUCUCUUAUUUUGCCUCCAGUUCAACUGUACUGAAGGACAAAUAAGGUUCUAAUGAGCUAAACAAAAUAGCUGCAUAAAAUAUGCCUGCCCCUAGCUAUAAUGUUUGUGGCAGAUUGCUAUGUAAAAUCUGGGUUCUCUGUUAAAUUGGUAGUCCCGAUCCCUUAAUUGUGCAUGCUUCUCUGCUGUAUUCUUGUAUUGAAUUUCUCAAGUCUUAUGUCUGCAACUGGUAGUACGUGAUAUAGCCUAGAGUGUUCGCACAGAAGACAGUGCUUUGGAAGGAAAAAAGCAAUUUUUAAAACACUUAGUAUGUUGUGUUCCUCUUGAGUUUAUUAACUCCUGUGUUUGUUAAUUGGUUGUCUAGAUUUGAGAUAUACAGUUAAGAGUAAGUAAAUUUCAAAUAGGAAGCAUUCCAGAACACAUUUGUUUGGUAAAUUUAUUUUUAUUUCAUUAUUUAACUCAUAUUGAUGAACAUUACAUAUUAUUAUUGUUGUUUGUUCUCCUGGUAGAAAAAAAGUGCUGAAAACAGCAAGGCUAAACAUGCCAGCUCCAAACCGUCUGUAUUGUAAAAUAUCGUUGGACCAGAAGUGUUCCUUAAGUAUUCUCUUAAGCUUUCAGAAACAAUAUUGGUCCAUAAUAAUGAAGAACUUGGAGACUGAUUAAGUAUUGGUGAAUGUUGUUUGAAAGGCUUCUUAUACAGCAGUUUGAUAGAAAGGAUCCUUCCAAAUAAAAAAAACCUUAAAAAAGUUUCACUUUCUCGCUGAACAGAAGCUUAGUUUCUACAACCACAUGUUUUGAUAAGUUUGAAUAUCAUUUAUUGUCAAGGACUUACACCUCCAUUCUUGUUUUAUUGUCCUUAAAAUAUUGUGCUCCUGUGCUUAAGAGCUAAAAGAUCAUGUUCUGUUUUGAUACGUGGUUUGACAGUUGAUUUCGCUCCUCAUUAAUUGGACAGCAUGCAGAUGAUGUGGAGAAGUGAGUGAGUGAGAAUAUUUCAAGGUUACGCUGAAGAGCAUACAGUGAACCUUAGUGCCUGGACCAACAGCUGCUGAAUUGAAUUGUCUGCAAUUAAAGCAACAGCAGGGUUGAACCAGCUGCCCUUUGACCCUGCCAACAACAACGAGCCCCUGCAGUUUGGCAGUACCAGUGGCCCUCUGGUCACAGAAGGCCUCAUUGAGAAUGGAGGGGAGUCAAGCAAGAAAAGAAAGAGAACAAAUGCUCCUUCAGAAAUGACUAGAGAGCUAAAUCCACGGUUCAGGACUACACAAUGUCAAGAAAUUUUAAAUGGCUAUGGGUCUAUGAAAUAGGCAUUGCAGCUGAUAAUAGUAGAACUCUGAAUGUGGAUUCCACUGCAAUGACACUACCCAUGUCUGAUCCAACUGCAUGGGCCACAGCAAUGAAUAAUCUCGGAAUGGCACCGCUGGGAAUUGCCGGACAACCAAUUUUACCUGACUUUGAUCCUGCUCUUGGAAUGAUGACUGGAAUUCCACCAAUAACUCCAAUGAUGCCUGGCCUGGGAAUAGUACCUCCUCCAAUUCCACCAGAUAUGCCAGUAGUAAAAGAGAUCAUACACUGUAAAAGCUGCACACUCUUCCCUCCAAAUCCAAAUCUUCCACCUCCUGCAACCCGAGAACGACCACCAGGAUGCAAAACAGUAUUUGUGGGCGGCCUGCCUGAAAACGGUACAGAGCAGAUCAUCGUGGAAGUGUUUGAGCAGUGUGGAGAGAUCAUUGCUAUUCGGAAGAGCAAAAAAAACUUUUGUCACAUUCGCUUUGCUGAGGAGUACAUGGUGGACAAAGCCCUUUAUCUUUCUGGUUACCGCAUUCGCCUGGGCUCUAGCACUGACAAAAAGGACACAGGUAGACUUCAUGUUGAUUUUGCACAGGCUCGAGAUGACCUGUAUGAGUGGGAAUGCAAACAGCGUAUGCUUGCAAGAGAGGAACGCCACCGUAGAAGGAUGGAAGAAGAAAGGUUGCGCCCACCAUCCCCACCUCCAGUGGUCCACUAUUCAGAUCAUGAAUGCAGCAUUGUUGCUGAAAAACUAAAAGAUGAUUCCAAAUUCUCAGAAGCCGUGCAGACCUUGCUUACCUGGAUUGAGCGAGGAGAGGUGAACCGUCGCAGCGCCAACAACUUCUAUUCCAUGAUCCAGUCGGCCAACAGCCACGUCCGCCGCCUAGUGAAUGAGAAAGCUGCCCAUGAGAAAGACAUGGAAGAAGCAAAGGAGAAGUUCAAGCAGGCCCUUUCUGGAAUUCUCAUUCAAUUUGAGCAGAUAGUAGCUGUGUACCAUUCUGCCUCCAAACAAAAGGCUUGGGACCACUUCACAAAAGCCCAGCGUAAAAACAUCAGCGUUUGGUGUAAACAAGCUGAGGAAAUUCGCAACAUACAUAAUGAUGAAUUAAUGGGAAUCAGGCGAGAAGAAGAAAUGGAGAUGUCUGAUGAUGAAAUAGAAGAAACAACAGAAACAAAAGAAACUGAGGAAUCAGCCUUAGUAUCACAGGCAGAAGCUCUGAAAGAAGAAAAUGACAGCCUCCGUUGGCAGCUUGAUGCCUACCGGAAUGAGGUGGAACUGCUAAAGCAAGAACAAGGCAAAGCCCACAGAGAAGAUGACCCAAACAAGGAACAGCAGCUGAAACUCCUGCAGCAAGCCCUGCAAGGAAUGCAACAGCAUCUACUCAAAGUCCAAGAGGAAUACAAAAGGAAAGAAGCUGAACUUGAAAAAAUCAAAGAUGACAAGUUACAGGUGGAAAAAAUGUUGGAAAAUCUUAAAGAAAAGGAAAGCUGUGCCUCUAGACUGUGUGCAUCGAGCCAGGAUAGUGACUACCCUCUGGAGAAGACCCUGAACAGCUGUCCUAUCAAAUCUGAACGCGAAGCACUGUUAGUGGGGAUUAUCUCCACAUUCCUUCAUGUCCACCCAUUUGGAGCAAGCAUUGAAUAUAUCUGCUCCUACUUGCACCGUCUUGAUAAUAAGAUCUGUACCAGUGAUGUAGAAUGUCUCAUGAGCAGACUCCAGCAUACCUUCAAGCAGGAAAUGACUGGAGUUGGAGCCAGUCUGGAGAAGAGAUGGAAAUUCUGUGGCUUUGAGGGCUUGAAACUGACCUGAAUCCCUUUGCCUGACAACCUGGGAUCCUGAAAAUAAAUGUGUGUUGGACAAGCUUAGAAAGUGAUUUGUAUUUUCAAUGGUUUUCAAGUGGAAAUUGCUUUAAAUUUGUCAAUUCAUUCCUGGAAUAUCUUUUGACUUAAAAUAAGGAUCCUAGAGCAGCACCUCAAGCUACAGGCCCUGUAAAGAAAUUGACUCAAACCUCAAGUGCUGUAACUUCCUCCUUUUCUGUCAAUUGGUUGUCUCUUUUUAUUAGUAGUAUUUAAAAAGGCCUGAGGCUACAGAGUAUUUGGGGUGUUUUCAGUGUCUGUACUACUGUUGUAGACUUUAGUAUUUUUUAAACACUGUUAACUGAAAUGUUUUGAUGAUUUAUAUGUGAUUUGUGUUUCAGAACUUCUCUUCACAUUAAUGUUGCUACUGGUGAGAGGAAUGAGAGGAGCACUAGGGACUCCAUAACUGACAUUGUCUUUCCAAUUCCCAGUAGGCCAGUAAGUGAAUAACAUAUCAGUGUCUGCUAGAAGGUGCUUGACCAGGUUCACCUUUUAAAAGACAAAGCAUGGUUUGUGGCUUUUUACAAAAUUACUGUGAACGAAAAGUUGACAAAUGUUUCAAAGUUAUUUUCUCUAAUGUAUCAGAUAAAAGGUUUAUUUCAGAAUUUUUAAAAAACUAGAUGUAUUCACAGAAAGCAAGUGUCCAGUAUGACUGGCAUGUGUAUGUGGUAUUCAGUCACCUUGUAAAUAGCCUGCUUUUAAAGGAGGGCAUGUUUAGUUUUCUAUGAAUUAAAACACACAUGUGUGCUCACACACACACACACACACACACACACACACACAUUAGCAGAAGGGAUUUAUUUUGAUAUGCUUCCCCUCUGGUCUUCUUACAAAGUCUGGUGGUCCCUUUUCUUCUGCUGUCAGUGUGUUGAAUUGCAAACCAUGUACUGCUGUAAAUACUAUGUUUACUUCAUGCUGAAUGUCUGCAAAGAGUUGAUAUGAGUAUUAAUAGAAAAUUCCUGGUAAUGAAUAAAUAGUAGGCUAGGGUGUGUGAAGCUUUGCACAAAUAGGUCGGCUCCACCUAGAGUCCUGAGAACUGGGACUCCUGUAGUUCUGCAGUGCCCACCAGCAGAUUACAAUGGCAGAGUGUGCGUGGACCAGUCAGGAAGUCCUGGCUGAUGGAAAAGAAAUGGAAAGGAUGAGAACUGGGGACUAAUAUCCUGAGGCAGAGAUGGUCUUUUCUUCUGUGGUGUUGGUGGUGCUUGUAAUAACAUAAGCAUGCCCUCCCUUGAGUCUUGAUUGAAAAUAAGAGAAUGUACUAAGCAAAGUCAGUGAAGAGUAUUUCACAAAAAUACUUUGUAAAUCACAUGUCAGUAGUGUUCAAAGUUGUAUUUUUAAAAGAUAAAUAUUCCUUUUUUAUACCUCA